AUGGGUGUAGGAACCAGCAACUUUGUGAUUAGAUGGAUCAACUUUCUCACCAUGCUUUUAGCUAUGGCUGUCAUAAUUUUUGGGGUAUGGAUGAGCACACAUCAUGACAGUUGUCGAAGGUCUCUCACUCUCCCUGUGUUGGGCCUUGGUGCUGUCAUCUUCGCUGUAUCGAUAAUUGGGUUCUUGGGUGCCUUGAAGAGCAACUCCAUACUGUUGUGGAUUUAUCUGGUUAUGUUGUGUAUCAUUUUGGUGGCAAUUCUCGUUUUUACAGUAUUAGCGUUUAUUGUAACUAAUAACGGAUCUGGUCAUAGGGUCCCUGGUUUGAGAUACAAGGAGUAUCAACUUCAGGAUUACAGCUCAUGGUUUCUUAAGCAGUUGAACAACACCAAGAACUGGAACCGAUUGAAGAGUUGUCUUGUGAAAACAGAUGACUGCAAUAACCUACCAAGAAAAUAUAAGACUCUUAAGCAGUACAAGUCAGCAACACUAACUGCCAUUGAAGCUGGUUGCUGCCGACCACCAUCUGAGUGUGGUUAUCCUGCUGUCAAUGCUUCAUACUAUGACUUGAGCUUUCAUCCGAUUAGCUCCAAUAAGGACUGCAAACUUUACAAAAAUUCACGGGCUACCAAAUGCUACAAUUGUGAUUCGUGCAAGGCUGGAGUUGCACAAUACAUGAAAACUGAGUGGAGAGUGCUUGCCAUCUUUAAUGUCAUUCUAUUUGUCGUUCUGUCAAUGAUCUAUUUUGUAGGAUGUUGUGCUAGACGAAAUGCUGCCAGGAGUCACUCUAAAGCUUGA